CCUCCCUGCCCCCCCCCCCCUUUCCCUCCCGUUGAACGCCCAGCGCACAUCCACAUCCGCACCAUGACCGUCUUCCACGAUGAGAUCGAGAUCGAGGACUUCGAGUGGGUCGAGCUGAGCGGCCCCGAGGCCGAGGAUGCCGGUGGGGGCUACUACGAGUACCCCUGCCCCUGUGGCGACACCUUCCGCAUCACCCUGCGUGAGUUGGAGGACGGCGAGGAUGUUGCCCGGUGCCCGAGCUGUUCGCUGCUGAUCCGUGUCAUUUACGAUGCCGAUGACUUCCUCCCUUCCUAAGAGAGAUGGCCCCCCCCCCUCCUCCUUUCCUCCCUGAGGACAGCCUAGAAACAACAAUAUAAAACCCUCCCGA